AUGGCUCAAUCAUCAUGUAACAAAACGACGUGCACCUGCAGUACAGGAACGACUCCACGCAAGAUAUACCAUAGAAAGGACGGAUUUGUGAAUGUUUCGUUAUGCAAAAUUUUGGAUAUAAUCGAGUGUGCAUAUGAAAUACCAUCUACAAGAACAGUUGCUACUGACACUGAAUCGGACGAUUUAAUCGCAACAGCUAUCAAUAUACAUGAUCUGGAAGUUCAAAAGUUAAAUAAUCAGUUUGAAAAUUCAACACCAGAUAUGAAGUGUAAUGUUGAGAACAAUGAAAUCAUUUCAAGUCGACUUGAUCAAAUAGAAUUCACGGAUACAGAUGAUUCAUUUUGCGACAAUUGGGAAGAUAUUAUAUCGGGGUCCUCUGAUUAUUGUUCAACAAUGCAUCAGUCUUCGUCAGAUGAGACAGAAUACCUGUCAUCCAGUGCUCAAAUACUUAUAGAAGAAUUCAAGUUUAUAUUGCAAGAGAUGCAACAAGAUUCAUCCAAAUCGCCAUAUUCAACAGCAGAAGACAAACAUUCUAAAGAUUUUCUUAUAUGGCGUAUUCAAAGAGCAAUAAACACUUUACAAUCAAGUAUUGAUAUACAAGAAUAUGAAUAA